GCAAAAGUGUCAGCUAUCGGAGUACGGAUGGAACGUGCAAAAGGAAAUAAGCGUUUGACCACGUGACCAGUUUAUAGAGAUAAAUAACCGAAACCUAGUCGUUUGGUCAUUUCAACGUGUUCGAAACAAAAUUUGGUGUGAUACAAUUCUCAUUGAAAAUGAAGACUGCUUAUUUCUUCGUACUUCUGUUGGCCUUGACCUUCGUCCCCGAGCACGUGGAUGGUUGGUUUUUCCGGUCUGUACGCAGAAUUCGCAUCAGUCCGUACCACACGCUGGGUUGUAUGGCGGCCUGCAAGUGGGCCAGGAGCUGGGCGUGUAAGGCCUGCAAGAGGAAAAGGGGACUCGAUGUGCCGGAUGCAAAUGAGGAUAUAGACGUGGUUAUGCACGAUCUGGAUUUGGACGGAGAUGGUUUUGUUGAACUUGUCGAGAUCGCUCACGUGACCGGCCUGAAAAUGUCCAAUCCAAUUCUACUGGCUAAAUUCCGCAAAGCCGAUACAGACGGUAAUGGCAAACUGGACGUUCCUGAAUUGGCAGUUUUCCACUUCGAGAACAAAAAGGAAUUUCUGGAAGCCUUUGCCGAGCAAGCACAUACGGCUGUGAAGCGAUGAUGCAGCACUGUUACGACGCAUGUUGGAAUACCACAUGUCGUUCAUGGGCGACGGUUUUCAAUAAAAUAUAAAAGCCUA